ACUGACAUCGUCUUUGUCCCAAUGCCAGGGGGAGCGAGCAGUUAGCUCUAGGUCGUGUCAUAUUGUUAAAUUGUUUGUGUGGAGCGUUCGUGCUACAUGAGUUACUCAAAUGUAGGUGAAGAGCUAGAGCGUCCUAAACCUAAGGCUUUGUCAUCGCCAACCUUUUGCCAUUAGUGCAAGGGUGGAUCCGGGGUAGGUUUGCUUCCACUUGUCCAACCUGUAGAAGUUGGUAGGAUGUCGCUGCAAGGUGUGAAACUAAAAGGCGCUUUUGGCGUCCUUGCGGCGUUGGUUGUGGUGACUUGCUCUAUCCAGACAACCACGGCCCAAACCAGUGCUCCAAGCAGUAGCACUAGUGCCACUACCGAAACUAGUAACGCGAAUGCAGUUGUUAACGGCGCAGACCGAUUAGCGGAUUGCUCCGUUUUGCAAGGUGACGUGUACAGUAACAGUGCUAGUCUGCAAAGCACUCUGCAGGCAGAGUUUCUCCUGAAACAGUAUGAGACGGUGGUGUGGCUAGUGGAGAACUGCCGUCGAAAGGCACAUGACGGGACCACUGCAGAGAUAACCGUCACCAUCGUCACGUCAACAGACAGACAAAUUCAAGCCAAUCUUCUCUGCACUGCUGGCGUGGAUAAUGUAGCAGCAACGACAACAGAAGCAACGGCAGUAACAGAAGCAGCCGCGGCCGCCGAAACAGCAGCAGGAGGAGGUGUUGGAGGAGGUGCCAGUGCUGGCGUUCUGAGUGUUCAUGAGUUCAGUUUCCCGUCGUUAACAGCCGAACCCGGACCAUGCCAGGCGUGCCUCAACAGCAGUGAAUCAGCUUGUCUAGCCUGCAAUUUGCUUUGUGAGAAUGGUGGAGCUCUGCUAAAAGAUUGCUCGGCAUGUCUCUGCAUCGACAACUACUAUGGUCAAACAUGUCAACACCACGGCAACACAACGACGACAACAGCAAACGCCACAGAUGUAUUUUCAACAACUCCUGAGAACAACACGUCACAGGCAAGUCCUGUUCCUCAAGACACCAACACCACCGCCAACACUAGUAACAACACAAGCAGUACCACCAAUAGCAACGCAAGCAGCAGCAACACAAGCAGCAACAGCAACAGCAGCAGCAGUGACAACAGCAGCAGCAAUGCCAGCAGCACCGGCAGCAACAGUGACAACAGCAGCAACAGCAACACUAGCAGCACAAGCAACAUCAACAACAACAAUAACAGCAGCAGCGACAACAGCAACAAUACCAGCCGCACAAGCAACAGCACAAGCAACAACGACAACACAAGCUCAAGCAGCAACACCAGCAGCACAAGCAGCAACACCAGCAGCACAAGCAACAGCGACAACACAAGCUCAAGCAGCAACACCAGCAGCACAAGCAGCAACACCAGCAGCACAAGCAACAGCAGCACAAGCAACAGCGACAACACCAGCACAAGCAACAGCAGCAGCAACAACACCAGCAGCAACACCAGCAGCAGUACCAACGUAUCACCCAUGCUUACUACGAAUACAUCAGCAACAUCUGCAGUGCCCGACGCAGACACCACACCCGUAUCAAACACAACCAGAGACCCAGCAUCUGUAUCAGACACCACACCCGUAUCAAACACAACCAGAGACUGGGUAUCUCCAUCAGACCCCAUUUCCGGCAAUGUGACUGCUCCUGACUUCUCAGUACCAGUACUGAACCAGUCUCGCAGUUCAUACUCUGUAAACGAUACAAAUAUGGCAAAUACUACAAUACCUGAAAACUCUACUUCAUCAACAACACAGACCCAGACAUCAUCUGAUUCGCCUGCAGCAUUCCCAAUGCCAACUGAUGCCUAUGGCCAACAGGUGCCAGCAUAUCCACUUUACCCAGAUCCUGCAUGGGAAAUGCCAUCACAGUCCACCGCUGCAGAUAUGGCAUCAGCAUCACCCCUGGACGUAAUGCCCACCCAAUCCUCAACAUCACGAUCUUCCUUGUUUGCUCAACCGAAAACAGAAAAUGCUUCUUCUAACGGGUCAACAGGAGGCACAGAGAAUGGAAACAUGACAUCAUCAUUAUCAGGCAACAUGACAUCAUCCCCGUCAUCAGAAACCAGUGGAGCAAGCGUGAACACCACUGAAUCAACGCCGACGAAAGAAGCCGCAAACUCUACUCGUGCUGUCGUGAACAUGUCAACAUGUCGUUGCGAUGACUAUGGAUUUUGCCAAGACGAGUACACAUAUGAACCGUGUUCGUGCCCUCCCGGACUGACAGGCAGAGAGUGUGAUGUAGAAAUGAAUUCACCGUGUAGCUCGUUACCGUGUGCACCAAACGCCACCUGCAUUACUAGCAGCGACUCACAUUACCUCUGCCGCUGCCCGUUUGGAUUUGAAGGGGAUGCGUGUGACGUGAACACGGACGAUUGCCUUGGUAACGAGUGCAACAACAACGCUACAUGCGUGGACGGCGUGGGAGAGUAUGUAUGUCGCUGCCCUAGCGGCUAUGACGGAAAGCUCUGCGAUAUACCGGGUACGGGUUGUACAGCGCGCGAGUGUCUCAACGGCGGUGCUUGUCGUGAGAUGCACAAUUCCAUGCGGUGUCUCUGUCUGUGGGGAUUUACUGGUGAGAGCUGUGAAGUUGAGAUACUGGAUCACUGCGCGUCGCAUCCUUGUGAUCCCACUGCCGUCUGCACGAGUCUGCUGGAAACAUUUGAAUGUGAGUGCUUCCCCGGCACUAGCGGCAAGUACUGCAAUAUCACGCAGUGUAGCGCUAAGCCGUGUAAGAACGAUGCACUAUGUCUGCUGGACCGACAGGGGCAAUACAACUGUACCUGUUCCCGGGGCUGGACCGGGCAGAACUGUACCGACCCGGUUCUCAGCGUUUGUAGUGUACACGGCUGCUCAGAGAACCGUGUAUGCGAUCGGAGUGCCGAGAAUUGUGUCUGCAAGGCGGGACACAUCGGACAGAAUUGCACGAAGACGUUCCCGGAGACUUGCGUGACAAUGGGCUGUAACUCGACGGAGAAAGUCUGUGACGUCAGAACGGGUUUGUGCGACUGCAGAAGUGGUCCGGACGGUGAUCAGUGUCGCCAGGACAACAACGAAUGUCUGAGUGCUCCGUGCGCCAAUGGUGCGGCUUGUAUCGACACACGCGAUGGCUACACCUGCAAAUGCCUCAAUGGUUACUAUGGUAGCAGAUGUGAUGCUUGCCCGCAGGCUUGCACAGCGGACAAAGAACGCUGCGGCAUUAAUGGCAGGUGUGAGGCGCUGCACUGUCCCAGAUUCAACAACCUGCGUUUGUCCGACGACAUCCCAGUGGCGGAGAAUGAGCAUAACGGAACGCGUUGCAUCUGUGACGACGGUUACUAUGGUGAAUAUUGUCAGUACCAGUUGCAUCAAUGCGGCGAGGUUGAUGCCUGUGAAAACGGCGGGAUCUGUAAGACGAGACCCAGUGAAGCAGGACCGGUAGCACGGUGUAUGUGUGGAAUGCGCUGGACGGGUACCACGUGCACAGAGUGUACAAAGAAGUGCAUCCACGGAAAUGUAGACAAGCUCUGCCGUACGUGUAUGUGCAAGUCUGGUUGGGAGGGCGAGAGCUGUGAUGAAUGCUCUGGUGUAAUUCAAGGUCAGGAAUGCUUGCCACAGUGCAGCACGCCAGGCUUUGAACCAAACACUUUCAUGGAGACAGUGCACAGCGUCUGUUUUGCAUGCGGCAUACACAAUUGCAUAUCGUGCAACCGCCCACCGUUUGAACAGAUUCAAGGCAAGACUAGUGAAGAUACAACCAGCCCUAAAGUCUGCACUGAAUGUGAGCUGGGAAGUAAACUGAUCAAAGGACGAUGCCUGGGACCGCAAGAUACUGCCCUGAUCCAUCCGCGUAGUGAUCGCAUAAUCAUCAUUGCUGUCAGUGGUGGAGUAUUCGUGCUGGCCAUUCUCCUGCUGGUAGUCGCUUUCUUCAUCUACCGCAGAAAUAAGAAAGAAAGUGUGUACAAGGCGUCUGCGUACAGCGGUGAGUCGUCUUUCGUAGCUGCCAACCCAGCUGCUAAACACGAGGAUGUUGAAUUGCAGAGUAUGAGUGCAAGCAAGCAGCCAGCAUCGUCCAAUGGCCGUAGCAAGGCACAGCUGCUGAACCAUCUCUCCGAUGAGUUCCCCACCAUGAAGAUGGUGACCAUUGCCAAUGCCGUGCAGAAAGGAAACUUUGAUGUGGACGCAGCGCGGGAGAUUCUCACACGUCAGCUGAAUGCAGAAGGCGGAUCUAACGGUCAGCCACAGCAGCCCCUCAAACAAUCCCAAAACGGCAUUUCUUACGGCAGCACCGGGUAAACACCAAUAGUGUUUGUUGAAUGUUCACGCAAUGCGGAGCGUGGCUUCUUUUGCAAGAGAUUUCCUGUUACACAACGUAUUAAAUGUACUAUAUCUUUGAGGAAAGAAGUUCAUGAUCAUCAUCAUCAGCAUGAAUAUAUCUGCAAUUGUGCCCUGCAUAACGGUACACUGGGCUGCUCUAUGGUAUGCACGCUUCAGUCUUUUUGUAAAGGCAUUGAUUUUUACACAAGGCAAUGAUGACAUGCAUGUUAAUGAUGACAUCAUAUAAGGCAAUGGAUAUUGCACAUGACAGUAUGGCAAGAGGAAGUUGCAGAAUGGCGCAGAUGUGCCCAAUUUCCCAAUUCCCAUUGUAAACAGUAUCAAUUCGUCUAGCUAUUGAAAUAGCUAUUGAUGGUCGAA